AUGCGCUUCACAGGUGGCCUCGCAGCCAUAAUCAACCUUGCUCAAGCAUGGCCAGCAUCAACAGAACAUACCCUAUUACCACGCUCGACGAGCUACAAAGACCCUGAAACCGGCUUCACCUUCUCCGAAACCAAAGCCGCAGCCACCCUCACCAGCAACAUCAUCUACCGGAUAGCACAGCCCGCAAAUGUUUCCGCAAACCAACCUUACGACAUCGUCCUCCAGGUCAUCGCUCCCAGCUCCUUGGGCUGGGUCGGACUCGCGUGGGGUGGCAGCAUGGUCCGUAAUCCACUCACUGUCUCAUAUCCCAACGGGCAAAAAGCGACUGUGUCUUCCCGCUGGGCUACCGGCCACGCAACCCCCCAACAAUACUCCUCGGCAACCUACACUCCGCUCUCCACGGGUAACAAAGCAAACAACACGCAUUGGCAACUCACCGUCAAGUGCACGGGUUGUACCGCCUACAAUGGUUCUUCGGGGCCUGUGUAUGUAGAACCGAGUGCGAGUCGGCGGUUGGCGUUUGCGUGUUCGCAGGGUAGAGUGAGUAAUCCGGGGUCGACGAGUGCAAGUAUUCCCGUGCAUGAUGUAUAUAAUUACAUCACGCAUGAUUUUAGUGCUGGGAGGAAUGAGGGGUGGGCGGCGUUGUUGGAGAAGAAUGGGGCGUAG